GAGCGCGCUUGUCAGGUUCCCUCUCGCCCCGGGGGCAUCCAUCAGAGCCCGGCUCGGAAAUCCGCGGGGAAAUGGCAAACAGGAUUGACGGGUUUCUCGCGCUUCUUGCCAGACACAGCGGCUCAUUUCCAUAACCGUCUGCGGCGGUGGCGGCGGGACCUGCGGGGACCUCGGCCGCCGCGCACCGGGCCACGCCGACUGGGCCCGGGAGGCGUGGGCAGCGGCGGUCGCGCGGAGGACGGCGGCGGCUGGAGCGCGGGUCGCGCGAUCUAAGGCUGUUAGAGAUGACGCUGGUUCUGUCCAUGAAUAGAUUCUGUGAGCCCAUUGUCUCAGAAGGAGCUGCUGAGAUUGCCGGGUACCAAACACUAUGGGAGGCUGACAACUACGGAGGUGCAAGCCCCCCGGGGCCAGCACAGGUCUCUUCUCAGGGAGACCGGGGAGCCAGCUCACAACUGGCAGGAUCACAUUACAGGGGAAUUCCAAAUCCUAUAAGCACACCCAAGGUCACAUACUUCAAGAGGAAGUAUGCAGAAGAGGAGGAUCUUCAUCCACCACUCAGCAAUUGCAGCCAUAAAACCAUCUCCGUUUUCGAGGAGCGAGCGCACAUCCUUUACAUGUCCUUGGAGAAGCUCAGGUUCAUCGACGACCCGGAAGUGUACCUGCGAAGGUCUGUUCUCAUCAACAACCUGAUGAAGAGAAUCCACGGGGAGAUUGUCAUGCAGAACAGCUGGUGCCUCCCUGCCUGCUCCCUCAGUGGCACCCCAGCCCAAGAGUGGUUUCUGGCUCAAGACUGUCCUUACCGGAAACGGCCCCGAGUGGCCAAAGAGGAGUGGGAGAAGAUCCACACUUGCUGUUUUUAUCAGGAGUGUGGGGGUCACUGCCUGAACCUACCCCUCUCUGUCAAUGCUAGUGUUGGAAGCGCUUCAGCCGCUGCCGUGGCCUCAUCCACCUCUUCCUCUUCCUCUCCAUCUCCAUCCACCUCCUCUUCAUCCACCCCAUCCUCCCCAUCCUCCUCCUCUUCUUCUUCCUCCUCUUCUUCCCCUCUGCCUUUGCCUAGUUGCUCCCACCAUGUGGACUUUGACAUAGGCAGUGCACCUGUUUACAAGAGCCAAAUACCCGCCAACGAAAUCUUUGUCACUAACAUUAGGUCGCUUGGUGUCCAGGAAAAGGUCAAAUUCAAUGAUGGAAAAGUAAGUCACGAAGCCAGCAGAGACGGCGAUGCCCUGGGCCAAGAACCUGUGGGGAACGACCUUGAUUUUGAGUGCAAAGGCCAAUUUUACGAUUAUUUUGAGACUGGAUAUAAUGAGAGAAACCGUGUGAGUGAGUCUUGGAAAAAGUCUUUGAGGAAAAAGGACCUUUCCCCGAGCAACAAACUGUGCUGCAGCAGAGGGGGUAAAAUGUGAUGUUCCCCACUGGCACGGAAGCACGCACAGCAUGAUCAGUUUUUACUUUGGAUUUUGUAGUUUUGUACAACAGGUAAAAUCACGCAGUGAACACCACACUGGGUUGUUUCACUGCCUGGAGAGCAGAUUGCACAAAACAUCUGUACAGCAGGCAUCCACAAGCCACUUACUAAUGUGAUUUUUGCCAAGGAAAGCCAACUUCAGGUUUCAAAGUAUAUCUUAGUUUUCUUUUUUUUUCUUUUCUUUUUUUUUUUUUUUUUUUUGGUUUUUCGAGACAGGGUUUCUCUGUGUAGCCCUGGCUGUCCUGGAACUCACUCUGUAGACCAGGCUGGCCUUGAACUCAGAAAUCCCGCCUGCCUCUGCCUCCCAAGUGCUGGGAUUAAAGGCGUGUGCUACCACCGCCUGGCUUAGUUUUCUUUAAAAAAAAAAAAAAAUCAGUAGAGUAGACAGAAGACAACAUGCCCUUGUUAUAUUCCCACUGCCCAAGGAGCCUGCCGCUAGUCAAGUUCAACAUGUUUGCCAGUUAAUUAGGUAGUUACUUGGUAAACAAAUCAAUAUAACCAGCAGAGGUGCCUGCUUCGAUGUGAUACAGUAUUUUUCUUUCCUGAGUAAAAGACUGGAGACAGGAAGCUAGAUGAAGUGGUUUCAUGAGCUGUGACAUGUUUAUACUGGACAGGUUGGGGCAAAAAGAAACACAUCUGGCAGGAUAGCAAUCUAGGAUCUGUGGAGACAGUUCCCUACAAGCACCUGGCUUGCCUGUGAUGGGUAGUGGGUGUCUAGAGAGGUGGCAUACAGAGCCAUCUUUAAUGGGGUGAUAGGGAGGUGGCCCACAGAGCCAUCUUUAAUGGGGUGAUAGGGAGGUGGCCCACAGAGCCAUCUUUAAUGGGGUGAUAGGGUGGUGGCCUACAGAGCCAUCUUUGAUGGGGUGAUAGGUGGCAUAUAGGGCCAUCUUGGGUGCCUUACUUUAUCUUAAUUUUUGCCGGUGUGAAAAUUAAAGAUGAAUCAGAGUUACAGCAGGGAUUUGAUAAAACACAGGGUGGAUCCAUGCAGUUUUGGAAGCUUGACUUUGAACUCUCAGUUCAACUUUCGAGUUACCCUCCUCCCUUUUCCUUUGUUUAUGAUGCCCAGUGGCUGUGGGCCUGAUGUUUUGGGUAGAGAUGGAGAUGACAAUGGGGAAGGCCAUCAGGAACCGAGAAGGCGGCCUGGGUUCUCCAUGGCAACGAGGGGUUGCUGGGUCUGGGCUCUCCCAGCUUUGGGCUGUUUUGUUUCCUUGUCCAGUGACAUUCACAGCCCGUGGCAUGCGUUUAUAUUUUGACCUGUUUUUGCAUCAUUUCAUGCGUUUAGACUCUUAAGAGCAUGUGGUUUCUAUAUACGACUUUUGCUGUUGAUUGAGAAGCACAAUGUUAAUAGAUUAUGUGGUGAUCAAUGCGUUUUAUCUUAAAGAAUGUAAAGGUUUGUAGGUUGCAGAACGUUAUUUUGGAGAAAUGGGGUUCUCAAGUCAUUGAUACUGUGUAAUUGGCCAACAACUACCCAACAAUACCUUGAAUUUGCACAUUGGCAAGUGUCCUCAGUGGUACUCCAGAACAGUCCCACCAGCUCCUCAAGAACUACUCCCAUCUCCAUGGCCAAGGAUUGGUCUAAGUGACUUGGGUCUCUUAAAACAAUUAUUUACAGGGACCAAAUGCCAAAAGGAAGAAAUAGGUAAGUUCUCCCACUUUCUCCAAGAUGAAGCUUUUUAAUUAUUGCUAUUAAUAUUAAAUAGGUCUCAUUCAUACAGUGUAUGAGUAGAUCAUUUGGGCAAUUGUCCACAAGGACCAAUUUUUAAAAGAUGUUCCCAUGUUAUGGCUGAAUAGUCUAGUAAUGUCUCGUCCUUUAUUUUCAAUAUUUGAUGAACAUUUUGGUGUUGAAAAUUUAGCUGAUAGAUGCUUGUACAUGACUGUGUUGUAACAUAGUGAGGUUUUCUUGAUAUAUAUUUAUUAAAAUGAUAAAAAUUCA